AUGUCUGUCAACACAGAGAAGCCCCACGUUCUGUUGCUGUGGCCGGACGACGCUCACCGUCACACGUUCACCAGCCUGUCGCCUAACACCCAGUAUUAUCUCCACCUACUGGCGGGCGACGAUUCCAAGGACAUCAAGAGUUUGGUGAGAGUUUGGUACAAGAUCUACUUUAUUUCCUACAUCUCUAGCCCACAAAACAGCAGAACAGGACAGUGGCUAAUGGAGAAAAACCACCAGCAGGAGAUAUCGAAGGGACACAUCAUGGAUAUGAAGGACUUUGAGGUGACGAAGAAGAGUGUCGUCGUGGACAGAUCUUCAACUUUAUUGCUACGCCUUUCGUCGCUAGACCUACUCGAAGACACCGCUCUGCUGCCUCCGCGUCACACUGUCAUUACAUCUGACUCGGAGUAUGUUACCGAAUCUUGGCCUACUGCAGAAAAACCACCAAGCUACCGUCCAGACCUGGAGGUGAACGUCCACCAGUCCUGCAGUUUGACGUCCGAGAAGACGGAAGCCAACAUGUCUCUGCAGGUUCAGGUGGACAAAGCUUACAUCGCUUUUCCUCAGAAAGAACCAAACAAUAUUCAGCUUGACCUCCAGGGGUCACAACAGACGUCUCUACAACAUCCCGGAGGCGGAUCCCUGAUUUACGAGUCUGUGUUCAACUCUUCAUUCCUGGGGGAAAGUGUUCAUGAAGAUGCGCCUGGACAGACAGUGUCUCCUCCUAUGGUCUUGGAGACCGAUUAUAUUGCCAACAGUUGCCUUGGUGUUGAGGCUUCUAUGAAGAUGGAUCCAGAGGAUACAACACAUUAGGGCUGCAACACACAUUUGGUUUAUAUUGUAAGGCUAAAAAAAGGCAAAAAUGGAAAAUCAGGUUAAAAAAAAGGGAAACAUUUACUUCAAAGUUCCAUAGAGGACACAGUGUUUAGCAUUUCUUUCUGUUUCAGUUGUUAGCAUGAGGAAAACUUCAGGCCACCCCACAGACAACAGAGUGCAG